AUGUCAGACACUUUGACCUUUGUUGAUAUGCAGACCAUGAGACUGGCUUUUACAGGCGAGAGGAUCUUUAAAAUGUUCCUAGUGGUAUCCACACACUUACUUGUAAUUUAUGUUAACAUUAUAAUGCUGUUCACACUACGCACCAAGGCCAUCUUUUGUGAGACACCACGCUACAUCCUCUUUGCCCACAUGCUCCUGAAUGACACCAUUCACCUGGUGCUCGCUCUGGUGCUCUACAUGCUCAGUUCCUUCUAUCUACUGGUGGUGCGUGCUGUCUGUGCCUUCAUCGUGCUGGUGUCUACGUCGACAUUUGUCAAUGCGCCACUAAACCUGGCCGUCAUGUCCUUGGAGAGGUACACAGCCAUCUGCUUCCCUUUGCGACACAGCGAGUUGGCUACCCCAGCGCGAGCGAGCGUGGCUGUAGCUCUGGUGUGGGUUUUAGGCAUCAGUGAUGUGCUAACUGAUGUGUGUGCUCUCUUCCUCCUCGCAGAGCCAUCAUUCUACUUGUCUCCUGCACUGUGUACCAUCACGCAGCUCAUGGUGGCACCCUGGCAGCAGGGCAGGAGUGUGAUAUUCAAAAUCUUGCUCUUUGUCAUGGUGGCCAUUGUGUUGCUCUACACGUAUGUAGCUAUCCUGCUGCAGGCACGUGCCAUCUCCUCUGACACCACUUCUGCCCAUAAGGCCUUGCGCACUGUAGUACUGCAUGCAGUGCAGCUUGGCCUCUCACUAAUGUCUUUCCUCUACGAGUAUAUAGAGUCCCUUCUUGUGAGCCUGCCACUUGACGUAUACAAACAGCUGCACUUCCUCAACUUCUUCGUAGUGCUGAUCCUGCCACGCUGCCUCAGCUCAAUCAUCUAUGGCCUGAGGGACGAGACCUUCAGGCCACUGUUCAAACAGAACUUCUUCUACUGCGGUAAAAACAGAGUUGUGCCUUUAGAGGCUUUUACAAAACACUGA